AUGUUUAGCGUCUAUGUCCUCGCCCUGUCGGCAGCCAUAGUACCAGCAACUGCUAAUGUUGUUACCAUUCACCUUGGUUUAGGAAAUGAAACCAGAACUGGCGUUGGACAGGUGGUUGGAUCGUCCGGAUCCCUCACAUCGUAUGCGAUUGAAGAAAUCCCAGGUACCAUCGUUGUUGGCCCAUCUACGUACCACCAGACUUGGAGGUACCCUGACGGAGAUACUCUCGCACCUUCCUCCAUUGACUGCAAAGUAUACAUGUCAGAUGCAGACUCAGGGUCGACCACGGUGUCAUCCUUGCCAGCAAACAUGAUGAGCGAGGGUGUCAUUUUGGUCGUGACUAUCACCGCCACGAACACUGGCGUGCGCCCGGAGACCACGGUGGAAACAGUCACCAAUCCGGCCACCCCUGCGUCAACCACGGCUGAGGAAACCAAGGCUGGCAGCGACGCAAAGAUAACCUCGACGCCGACUGGGGAUAGUAGCUCAUCUUUGACGAGUGGAGGUGUUGUGGCGACUACCUCGUCUGGUGCAGCUGCUCGUCUGAAUAGGUCAUGGAUUGGAAGCACCUUCGAGGCUGUGUUAGCUGUUUUUUAA